AUGUCUAAUAGGCAAUUCCUCGGGCGAUGGCAGAUUAUCAUGAUCUGGAGCGAAAGACCCGAGCUGGAACCGCCCUGCAACCUGCAUUCCAGCCUCAUGUUCAGCAGAGGCCACGAAAACUUUAUAUGCGACGUCAUCGCGGACCAAGAUCGCUACAUAUUCCGAUGGUCCUUGGGGCACUACUCAUCGGACCCAUACAAGACGCUGUCGGUGUAUCCGCUGUGCUUGUUGCAAGUAGAUAUAGAUGCGCUCGCGCUGAUCCGGGUGCUUGCAGAGGUGCACAGGCCGACACUUGCCGACGAUCCCGAGUACAGCUGCCAGAAAUGGGUGAAUGAAGCGCUUUUUAAACUCAAUCUGCGCAGCUGGAUAAGCCAUUGCGACUGGCGUUAUGCACGCGACUGCCAGAGCAGCGUCGAGACAGCUUCUGUGGUGGGAUGCCACGUCGGGGGCCGGGUUGAAACGUAG